AUGUUUGAUAGAGCUCGAUGGUCGUUUUCAACAAAGUUUACAGAAAAAACAUCAAAUUAUAAACGAUCAGACUCAAUUGAUAUUCAUAAUAUUGAUGAAAAAGAUGAAUAUUCAUCGGUUGCUGUUAUUAAUCAACCUCGUUCUGUUGUUAAACUACAAUCUUGGCUUCAAAUGGCUAAUUGUUCUUCAGCAAUUCCAGAAUAUAAUGGUUGUGCCACAAAAAAUCUAUCAAAAAAUGUUAUCAAAAACAGUAAUUCCGUUGGAUCAAGUUUAUCGACACGUCGUUCUUUAAAAAAUAGGCAUGUACCAUCACGAACAAAAUCUGCUGAUGAAUUAUGUCAACGAAAUCAACAUUGUCAUAAAUCACGAGACUUAUCUCAUUCACCGAUUCGUCAACGUCGUUCAAAACAUGUUCUUCGUUCACGAUCGAGAACACAACGCUCAACUCGAACAUCGGCAUCAGACGAUUGUGAGUCAAUUUAUUCAACACGUUUUGAUCGGUUAUCAACCACGCUAGUAAAAUAUCGACCUAACGAGAACAUACCGCCAGAUUGUCUUCCACAUCGAAGUUCAAAGUCAAAACAGUAUUCAUUUCACACACAUCAUCGUCAUCAUAUCGAUACAUCAAGUAUGAAAGAUUCCGGUUAUUCUGAUAGUCAAACAAGUGUUCAACAAUUGAAACGAAAAAGUCCAAAUGAUCCGUCUUAUUAUGCCUAUAAUAUCAAUCCACAAGUUGAAAUAGCCAAAUUACAACCUAGCUGUCAUUGUCAAUAUCACCAUCAUCAUUGUUGUUGUUGUCAGUGUCACUCUAGUACACUAAACCAUACUGAGAAACAAACUAUUUCCUCACUGAACAAUCGAAAUCGAACAAGACGACCGCUAUUUAUGCGCAAUCAAAUGUGUUUAACAAUGCUUGAAAAUAAUAUGACAACGCCAUUAUCAUUUGAUAUAAAAUCUGUGGAUCUGGAAAAUAUUAAUAAAAGUUGUUAUAAACGUCCGCUUAAAUUACGUCCACUAAAACAAUCAUCAUCAUCGUCUUCUUAUGCAUCAUCACCCCAAUUACCAGAAUUUGAGCCAUCUUUUGACAGUAGUCAUUUUUCGUCAUCAUCAGAUAAUCCGUAUUAUAGUUCAUCAUCAAAAAGUGAUAAUUUUCGACAACAGAUAAAGAAACAUACGAUAGCUUCUGAACAUUUAUCAACCAGUCGUUCCUAUCCACAUAUAAAACCAUUACCUAAAACACCCUCAUCCAAAGAGAAUGCAAUCAAUAACGAAAAUAAUCGACGUCGAAAACGUCAUUUAUCAUGCGAUAGUUCAGUAUGGCAUUCAUAUCAACAACAAUCGUUAUCAACAGAAUUGUUAUCAUCACAUAAAUCAAGAACGUCUGCUCGUCGUCAUAGACCAUUACAGCGUCAUUUAACUACAAUUGGAAUAAUUGCUGAUAAUGAUCAAUUGUCGUUCAUAAAAAAUGACACAAAUCUAUCAAAUUCCGAUGUUUUUGGUGAAUUGAAUUUAGCUGCCAUUGAACUUGAUUCAUUGCGAACUGCUGAUCAAAGUGACGCUGAUGAUGAUGAUAAUAAUAACAACCAUAUUUUAGUUUCAUCGCCUGUACCCUUUCCUAAAACGAGAUCAAUGCAACGAACAUUUCUCGUUUGGAAUAAUUAUAGCAAUCAACAAUUUUCCGUUUCACGUGGAGAUCAAGUAAAAUUGUUAAAAAAAGUUGGUAAAGAUACAUUAUUUGUACAAAAAGAUGAUACAAAUGAAGUUGGCUUUAUACCCAAAAAUUGUCUAGCACAUGAAAUUAAUACAUUUUUGAGUGUUAAAGGGUUAAAAGAAACCGUUCUGUGA